CAGUGCUCACUGUCUUACCACCCAGCACAAAGAAUCUGAGGUUGAGUGAUUAAAAGAAUAGAACUAUGUCUAAAGUGGUCACACUCUUCACUUUGGCUCUUCUAUUAAGCUUCAAUUUAAUCCAUGCCUCUCGUCCUAAUCCUUCACUUAACGUUGUCUCUUCUUCGCAUGAGGAUGUUGCAGCUACAAAGGAAGAGAUAGAUGAAGAGAGUUGUGAAGAAGGCACAGAAGAAUGUUUGAUAAGAAGGACGCUAGCUGCACAUGUCGAUUAUAUCUACACUCAAAAGCAUAAACCCAAACCUUAAUGGCAUCAUCGCAGGACCUUCUUCGGGGACCAAAUAUAGCAAUACAUUAUAUAAAUCAAUAUACCAUACGUAUAUAUGUGUACUUAUUUCAUAAAUAAAUAUAUGCUUUGUGGUUGAAUUUUUGGUUAGUUUUCUCCUUUGGCCUUGGUUGAAUUUUGUGUAAUUUGCAUACGUUGGUCCUUCUCCUAAUUUUUAUUCCAUGAGAGGGUGUGAUAAAAUGAAGGUUAAAUUAAUUUA